AAAAAAGGGAAGAAAUUUAAAUUGGUAUUAAAACAAUAUUUAAAAUGACCACAAUUAUGAGAACACAUGUAUGCCAAUACAGAGUCACUGGAAAAAUAUUAGAAAUGAAAACACCAGAUGGUAAGAUUAUAAUUUUCUUUUUUAUUUGAAAUAAGUUGGUAUAGCACAACUUUUCGAAAGCUUUUAUAAAUGUGUGUGUUAAGUUGUAAUAAAGCAAACAUAUGCAUAUAGACAUGCUCAAGCCAUUAUUUAAUUGUUUCUUGGGUACCUGGGGAGAUUGGUUUGACGAAAGGGGAAUAACUUGAAUAAGGGUGGUGGAGAAAAAAGAAAGCAAAGGAUUGAGAAACUCAGUGUGGCAGCAGCCUCUCUUCACCUCCUGAGAGAGUCAAAGGGUGGCACCAGGGGCUCAUGAUCCAUGGUUGUGGAAGACCCAUGUCACACUGGAUGUCACAUGAGGUGGGAUAGAACACAGAGACCACCCCACCUCAUUUCCUUUACAGUUUCCGUGCUGGGCCAUGACAGUGAACAGCCUUCAGGCAUGUCUACGGCGGAAGAUCUAUAUUCAGACUGGUGGCAGGAGACAACACAACCACGUUUUCUUUUAUGCAUACAUUUGGUUUCAUUGACACAUUAACCACAGGCGAAGGGGCAAAGGCCGCAAGGUUAGUAUGAACAAGGAAGAGGGACUUUUUUUUAAAGAAAAAUGAAAGCAUCAGUAUUGCAAAGAUUUUCCAUGAUCCUACACCCACGUUGAAAGCCCCCUCUCACUACAGGAAGUGUGCUGACCAUUGGAGGAAUAUAAGAGGUCCUCAAAGAGCCUGAUCCUCACUCUCUCCCUGAACAGCUCAGCAGGACCUCAGCCAUGAGACUUCUCAUCCUGGCCCUCCUUGGCAUCUGCUGUCUUACUGCGUACAUUGCGGAAGGUAUAGGGAGUGAAGUCUCAGAUAAGAGUGUCUGUGUGAGCCUCACUACCCAGCGACUGCCAAUUAACAGAAUCAAGACCUACACCAUCAAGGAAGGCUCCUUCAAAGCAGUAAUUUUUAUUACCAAACGUGGCCUAAAAGUCUGUGCUGAUUCACAAGCCAGGUGGGUGAAUGACAUGGUCAAGACCCUGGACAGGAAGUUCAAGACCACAAAUAACAUGACCCAGACCAAGCCAACAGGAACCCAGCAAUCAACCAAUACAGCUGUGACCAUGACUGCGUAGCCUCUGGCACCAUGACCCUCUCUCCAGCCAGCCAGCUCAUUUCACUUUAUACAUUCAUGGACUGAGUUUAUGCUCACUUUUUAUGAAAGUACUGCAUGAAUACAAUUAUUCUUUUGUAUUUUUCUUUUAAAUGCCUUCUGCAUUCACUUAUAUGUUCUAAUGAAUAAAUAUUUAUUAUUAAGAAU